GUUGGCCUGAGGCGGCUCCGCCGGUUCCGCGCGCCGCUACUUGGGGCCGGAUCUGCGCCGGGACCGGCUCGUUCGACCCCCGGACCGUCCCCAGAGCGUCCCCGCCGGGCCCGCAGUGACUAUGGAGCCCCGCGAGCUGUCCCUGGCCCUGCUGCAGCCACAGCUCACCGUGGUGGCCAUCCUGGGCGAGCUGCUGGCCACCCUGCCCAAGCAGGACGAGAUGAUGCUGCUCGUGUCCACAAGGUGCCUGUACAGGGAUCUGGAGAAAUUCACCAAGGAGCUCCGAGCCACCCUGUACCGCAUUGAUUUCACCUGGAGGCGCUGCAAUGUCACCUCCGAUGAUGAUGAUGACCCUGUCACCUCCCUGAGUGAGGCCCUGGCUGCCUACAAGUACACCCCAUGGACCGCCUGGGAUGAUGUGACAAGGGCUAGCAGCAAGUGGCAGGGGGCUGUGGAUGUGCUUGUGACCAGCUGGGUCCAGCUGGCCUGGGCAGCCACCAGGCUCUGCAACAUCUGCAGGAGGGCGGCCGACAUGGCCACCACUGCCACUGCCCGGGCCAGGGAGCUGCAGGACGAGGCUGCCCGUGAUGGGACAGCUCAGGAAAACAUGGUGGAGCUGGGUCAGGCCCUGGGUGGGGAGGAGGGGGCCGAGGUGGUGGCCAGGCAUGAAGCCCAGGUGAGGAUUGAUGCCAGGGUGACUGCCAGCGAGGCAAGAAGGGCCACCAAGGUGAAACAGUGGGUGGAUGUGGCCCUGGGGCUGCUGGAGCGCUUGGUGGCCGCGUGUGACGAAGCCACCGCGUUCCCCCGGGAGCUGCAGCACAGGGUUGGGGACAUUGAGGCCACCCUGAAGGGGACAAAUGAGGUGUCUCCUGAUGUCCCCAAUGACUUGGUGAACAAGGUGGCCGUGGCCGAGGACCUGUGGGAGGCCAACGCCCGGCUGGUCAUGCGUCACCUGCUGGGGCCACUUGACGACAUCAUGAAGUUCUAUUUCACUGGUGCUCCCACCAGCCCCAGUGUCUGUGAGGUGGCCGAGCGGUGCCAAAGAGCCAUUGAGGACAUCCCAAGGCUCCUUCGAACCCCGGAGUGUCCCCAGACCAUCCCCGCCGAGUCUCCACUGUCCCCAGCACUGCUGCACCCCCAGGCCACUGUGGUGGCCAUCCUGGGUGAGCUGCUGGUCACCCUGCCCAGUCGGGACGAGAUGAUGCUGCUCGUGUCCGCAAGGUGCCUGUACAGGGGCCUGAAAGACUUCACCUGGGAGCUCUGGGACACCCUGUACUGCACUGGUGACACCUGGUGGCACUGCAGUGUCACCUCCUAUGAUGAUGACUCUACCACCUCUGAUGAUGAUGAUGACCCUGUCACCUCCCUGAGUGAGGCCCUGGCUGCCUAUGAGUACACCCCAUGGACCACCUGGGAUGAUGUGACAAGGGUGGCCAGCAAGUGGCAGGGGGCUGUGGAUGUGCUUGUGGAUAGGUGGGCUGAGCUGGCCAAGAAAGCCACCGAGCACCACAACACCUGCAGGGAGAUGGUCACCGCUGCCCGGGCCAGGGAGCUGCAGGCCGAGGCUGCCCGUUUUGAGACAGCUCUGGAAAACACAGUGGAACUGGGUCAGGCCCUGGGUGGGGAGGAGGGGGCUGAGGUGGUGGCUGAAUACAAAGCCCAGGUGAGGAGAGAUGCCAGCUUGGCUGCCAGCAAGGCAACCAGGGCCACCAUGGUGAAACAGUGGGUGGAUGUGGCCCUGGGGCUGCUGGAGCGCUUGGUGGCCGCGUGUGACGAAGCCACCGCCUUCCCCCGGGAGCUGCAGCGCAGGGUUGGGGACAUUGAGGCCACCCUGAAGGGGGCAAAUGAGGCAUCCCCUGAUGUCCCUGAGGACCUGGAGGCCAAGGUGGCCGUGGCUGAGCGGUUGUGGGAGGCCAACACCUCCCUGGCCAAGGAUCACCUGCUUGGGACAGUUGACGACAUCAUGAAGUUCUAUUUCGAUGGUGCUCCCGCCAGCCCCAGUGCCUGUGAGGUGGCCGAGCGGUGCCAAAGAGCCAUCGAGGACAUCCCAAGGCUCCUUCGAACCCCGGAGUGUCCCCAGAGCAUCCCUGCUGGGUCCCCAGUGAGCAUGGAGCUCCAAGAGCGAUCCUUUUCCCCACUGCUGGAGGCUCUGGUGUCCGUGGUGGUCACCCUGGGCAAGGUGGCGGCCACCGUGACCGGGCCACACCGGGGCGUGCGGCGCUGUGUGCCCCCGAAGUCCCUGCACGCAGCCCUGAGGAACUUCACCUGGAGCCUCCGUAAGACCCUGGACCACCCUGGUGCCCUGGCCACCCUCAGGGCCACCCCUGGGGCCACCUGGGCCGAUGUGAGAGCCGCGGCCAGCGCCUGGCGGGAGUUGGUGGCCGCGCAUGAGCAGAGAUGGGACCAGCUGAAAGAGGAGGCCACCAAGCUCCGUGAUGCCUGCGAGGAUGUGGCCCCUGCCCGGGCAGGGGACCUGCAGGACGAGGCCACCCACAGAGGGACAGCUGGGGACAGCCUGGUGGCCACAGCCCAGCAGCUGAUGGUGGCCCUGGACAGGGAUGAGGAGGCCUCGGCGGGGCCCACACGCAAUGCCCAGGUGUCAGUGGCCACCAACGAGGCCGUGGGAGAAGCUGUGGUGGCCACCAAGCGGCAUUACCUGCUGGGGACACUUGGGGACAUCCACAGCCUUCUCUUGAGUCCCUAUGGUGGCCGUGGGGGCCCCGAUGGCCCCGGCAGCCGCACGGUGGCCAAGCAAUGCCAAAGAGCCAUCAAGGACAUCCCGAGGCUGCUUCAGGACAGUGACGUCACUGCUGUGACGUCAUCGCGGCAGUGA